AAACAAUAACUUCACGAGUGUUUUUUUUUUUUUUUAUUUUAGCUUAAAUCGAUGAUCUGAUCAUUUGUCCAUCAUGUGUAUGAAAAUUUCAAAGACCCCCGUGUUUUUAAUUGGAAGCAUAUGUUUCGUUAUCGUAUUGGUCGCUUUGUGUGGCAUCACUCUUAUUAAUAACAUAAAUUUAUCGAAUAUUAUACGUUUAAAUGAAAAAGUCGCUAGUGAUAGCGUAAUGAGCGGAAAUGAUAAUCAAGUGCAUGCGGAAUACGAUUAUGUUAAUCAUCAUCAUCCAAAAAAUAUAAAUAGAUUUGAACAGUCAACGUUUAACACAAAUGAUAGCAAAAAUUUUAAAACACCCACUACCACCAGUCGAUUAUUGACAUCAUCAUUAAGUCCAGCCGGUGAGACGCGUAAUGCCGCACAAAUACGUCAUGAAAUGUCUUCGUUGAAUAGUGAUGGCAGUUAUGGUGACACUGUCUCUAAUAAUUGGCAAACUGACAAAUUCUUAGCAAAUGAUAGAAAUGUUAACACACUAUUAGUGCACGAAGUGAUUGCUGUUAACAGUUCGUCUUCGCAAUCAUUAAAUAAAAUGUUAAAUGUAACAAAUAAUGUCGAUCGUCGAAACAAUGUCUCAAUAAUAGCAUCACAAUGUUAUCCGAUAAUUGAUAAAACUAUUUCCAUGAUCGAUUAUACGAGACGUGAUCGUAUUGUUAAGAUGAUGGAACACGCUUGGCACAAUUACAAGCUUUAUGCAUGGGGUAAAAACGAGUUGCGACCAUUGACGCAACGAGGACAUAUAGGCAGCAUAUUUGGCGCAAGUGAUUUAGGUGCCACGAUUAUUGAUGGUCUCGACACUUUAUAUAUUAUGGGCUUGGAAACGGAAUAUAAAGAGGGACGAGAUUGGAUUGAACGAAAGUUUACUUUGGAUAACGUUAGCGCGGAAUUGUCGGUAUUCGAAACGAAUAUACGUUUCAUUGGAGGCCUUUUAACUAUGUACGCGUUCACCGGCGAUGCAAUGUACAAAGAGAAAGCUCAACAAGUGGCUGAUAAAUUGCUGCCGGCCUUUCAGACGCCUACGGGUAUACCGCAUAGUUUGAUAAAUCCGAAAACUGGAAUGAGCAAGAAUUAUGGUUGGGCUUCGGGCAGCAGCUCAAUAUUGUCUGAAUUUGGAACUUUACAUUUAGAGUUCAGCUAUCUUAGCGACAUUACUGGCAAUCCAUUAUAUAGGGAACGGGUACAAACCAUACGGCAGAUAUUGAAGGAAAUUGAAAAACCCAAAGGCUUGUAUCCGAAUUUCUUAAAUCCUAAAACAGGCAAAUGGGGACAAUUGCACAUGUCUUUGGGCGCAUUGGGUGACAGUUUCUAUGAAUACUUACUAAAAGCUUGGUUGCAGUCUGGUCAAGCUGAUGAAGAGGCUCGACAGAUGUUCGAUGAUGCCAUGCUAGCCAUUAUCUCGCAUAUGGUGCGAACUAGUCGAAAUGGUCUAACCUAUGUAUCAGAUUUGAAAUUCGAACGCUUGGAACAUAAAAUGGAUCAUUUAGCUUGUUUCGCAGGUGGUAUUUUUGCCCUGGCUGCUAAUACACGUCAAAGUGAAAACACUGAGAAAUUUAUGGAAAUUGGCAAAGGCAUCACCAAUACUUGCCAUGAAAGCUAUAUACGCUCCUCUACACGUCUAGGACCAGAGGCAUUCCGGUUUGGAGAAGCUGCCGAGGCUCGUGCCUUGAAAUCUAGUGAAAAAUAUUACAUCCUAAGGCCUGAAACUGUGGAAAGUUAUUUUGUUCUAUGGCGUUUAACUCAUGAUCAAAAGUAUCGAGAUUGGGGUUGGGAUGUGGUACUGGCGUUGGAAAAACAUUGCCGCACCACUCACGGCUAUUCGGGUAUUAAAAAUGUUUAUCAGGAAGUGCCUCAAAAAGACGAUGUGCAGCAAAGCUUCUUUUUGGCUGAAACUCUUAAGUAUUUAUAUUUAUUAUUUUCUGAUGACUCGCUGUUGCCGUUAGACGAAUGGGUCUUUAACACGGAGGCUCAUCCACUACCCAUUAAAGGCGCAAAUGUUUAUUAUCGCCCAGCGUUAUCGGUAUCAGGCGAUGCGACAAAUGCCUCCUAAGAACAAAACCAAAACAUUAGUAGAUAUUGAAUUUAUUUAUAAGUUUAUUGUAUAUUUUUACAUCUCUUCAAUCUCUUUCUCCCCCU